AUUCGUUUUGUGGACUUGACAAGUUGACAGCAUCUUUUCGCUUCUGCUUUGUGCUCACCGUUUGUUCUCGUUUGUGGUUCUCUGUCAGUGUAUAUGUUUUGUGAUUCUCUAAUCUCUAUCCACAUUCUCUAUCUCUUUCUAAUUCAAAAACAGUCCAAGAAGCACGUUUUUCGGAAAAUAGUGGAAUAUGAGUUCCCUAAAACUCCAAAAGAGGCUCGCAGCCUCGGUUAUGCGAUGUGGCAAAAAAAAGGUCUGGCUAGAUCCAAAUGAAGUCAAUGAGAUCGCCAACACAAACUCGAGGCAAAACAUCCGUAAGCUUAUUAAGGAUGGGUUGAUAAUUAAGAAGCCUGUAGCAGUUCAUUCUCGCGCUCGUGUGCGCAAGAACACUGAGGCCCGUAGGAAAGGCCGACACUGUGGAUUUGGUAAAAGGAAGGGUACUGCAAAUGCCCGUAUGCCCCAAAAGGAACUAUGGACCCAACGCAUGCGUGUCCUCAGACGAUUAUUAAAGAAAUACCGCGAAGCGAAGAAGAUUGACAGGCAUCUGUACCAUGCUUUGUAUAUGAAGGCUAAGGGUAAUGUGUUCAAGAACAAGCGAGUGUUGAUGGAAUACAUCCACAAGAAAAAGGCUGAGAAAGCAAGAGCAAAGAUGUUGCAGGACCAGGCCAACGCAAGGAGAUUGAAGGUUAAGCAGGCUAGGGAAAGGAGAGAGGAGCGUAUUGCUACCAAGAAGCAGGAGGUGUUGCAGAGUUACCAGCGUGAAGAUGAAGCUACUGCUGCUGCGACAGCUACCAAGAAAUAAAUGUUCUUGUGAUCAGUUGCAUAUUUUUUCUUCCUUCCCUUUAGAUUUGAAUAGAUUGCAUUCUUUUGAACUGAGCAGUUAAUAAAAUUAGAACGUUCUCUACUCUUUAAUGUUCAGAUUUCAUAUUAUAUUAGUUUUUGUAGCCAUCAUAAUUUAAGUCCCAGAAGUUUCCUCAUACCUUGCGCGUAAGUAUAAUAAAAUAGCUGUACAUUUUCGAGAGACCUGAUAUUGCCACCGAUUCUAUAGCGGAAGCAAAGUGAAUUUUUCAUACCUCUUCACAUCAUUUCGAUUUUCUUCGCAAAUUUCUUUCCUAUGGAUUUUGAAAGAGUGCAUGUGAAAUUGCCUAAUACGAGGCCAAAUAAUCAUCAGGCGGAAGUGCUUGCCAAGAUCUUCACUGGCAACCCCAGUAUGAAUGUCCAGAAAAAAAAAAACGCCCGAGUGCCGUUGAUUCACU